UUUUUUCAGGGAGGUGAUAUAACUAACCACGAUGGAACAGGUGGACGGUCAAUUUAUGGAGCAGAUUUUGAAGAUGAGAAUUUUGAAGUGAAACACACUGGUCCUGGAUUGCUGUCAAUGGCCAAUAAGGGCAGGGAUACAAAUAAUUCUCAGUUCUUCAUAACACUUAAAAAAGCAGAACACUUGGACUUCAAGCAUGUGGUAUUUGGAUUUGUGAAAGAUGGAAUGGAUGUUGUGAAAAAGAUUGAAUCCUUUGGUUCUCCUAAAGGGCUAGUAAAUGGAAAAAUUGUCAUUACAGACUGUGGGCAAAUAUAGAAUUAUUGCUUUGAGUAUACAGAUGUUCUAGCAGUAUAAAUCAGUAUUUAGAUGUCAUUGAUUAAUUAUUUUGACUUCUUAAAAUGGACACUUCUGAUGUAUAAAUGUAAAAUUACAGCUUAUAGUUGGAUUUUUUAUGUGUUCUAAUUGAUUUUUGCAUGUUAAAUAAAAAGUUCAGACACUGGCAUAUUUCAGGUGUAUUUGUGUUAUCCUGACAUAUUUGUAUUAAAUGUCAAAUUUUAAAAAUUAAAUCUUAGUCUUGUUAAAAUAAA